CUUCAGUCACCUCCCACUUCCCUCUUCCUUCAGAACCCGUCUGUUUUUGUUUUCGAGCCCGGGCUCUUUGGACAGGAAAUUGUAUACAUUGGGAGCAUUCAGGAAGGCAGAGAGCUGCUUUCCCGUUAGCUCCGAGUUUGGGCACAUGAAAAAAAGAGGAAUAAAAGAGGUCAGUAAUUCCUAAACUAGGAGAGAAACAGAAGUCAGCUGUUCUCCUCCCCUCACUUCAUUUCCCUCCCCUUUACACAGUCUGAACAUUUCAAAAAUCCCUGCCACACCACUGCCACGAAUCCAUCUCUAAACAUAGAAUAUUUGAAAAAUCUUGAAGGCAAAUCAGAUUAAAAAGACAACACUAAUGUUCCUGAAGGGAUUUUCCUCUCAUGAUACAUGUAUGCCUCCUCAGCCACAGAGAAACCAGUGAAAAGGGGAGACUGUGUGGAAUGAAGGAAAAGAGGAAGAGAUAAAAAAGGAGCAGAGAGAGACUGGCUGGGGGUAAAAAAACAACAGGAAACCAACCGAUUCUAAUGCUGUUUCUGCAAAUCCUUCAGAGAUAAAGCAGCGGACUGCCACGUCCCGGCCAAGCAGCAGUCACGCCAUGUAUUUUCUCUGAUCAUCACUCGAAGUAAUGACAAUCUAAAGGACUUAAAGUUUAAACUGUGACGUCACUUCUGCUCUCAGCCUCCAACAGUGUGGUUAGUCAGAAUGUGAGCGGAUGCAGAGUUUUGGGAGCCGAUUGCUGGGAUUUUUCUAUGCGGCUGCUUUUUGACCCACAGGCUCAACCUUUUUCUCGGGGUCAUAUGGAUCAGUCGCCGUGCUUUCAAGGAUCUUUUUGUUUUAAUCAUCUGGACUACUAACUGGAGCCACAUGAAGAAUAAAGGGACUAAGCAGAAGACCAAAAAGAAAGGAAGUGAAAAUGCGUUCGGCUGUGACCUGACAGAACAUCUCCAGAAUUCGGGACAAGAUGUUCCACAGGUUCUGAAGAAAUGUGCAGAGUUUAUUGAGGAACAUGGGAUUGUGGACGGGAUCUACAGACUGUCGGGGGUCACCUCAAAUAUCCAGCGUCUCAGGCAGGAAUUCUGCUCUGAGGCGUGCCCUGACCUUACAAAGGAAGUGUACCUCCAGGACAUCCACUGUGUGGGUUCCUUAUGUAAGCUGUACUUCAGGGAGCUACCCAAUCCUCUGCUCACAUAUGAGCUAUACAGCAAAUUCACCGAAGUGGUCUCAGUCCAGGGAGAUCAUGAGAGACUUUUAUACAUUCAGAAGGUCAUCAAAGAACUGCCAACCCCUCACUUCAGGACUCUGGAGUAUCUUACUAAGCACUUGGCCCACCUCGCCACCUUAAGCACACAGACAAACAUGCAUACGCGUAACCUGGCCCUGGUGUGGGCUCCAAAUUUGUUAAGAUCUAAAAACAUUGAAGCAUCAUCCGGUAACGGAGACAUGGCUUUCCAGGAGGUGCGGAUACAACAGUCAGUGGUUGAGUUCAUUCUAAACCACACAGAUCAGAUCUUCAGCGGUGGUCCAAUGCAAAUCAAACCCAAAGAAGGACUGACUUUGAUGUGUGGAGAGAAGUAUGCCACGCUCCCGAUCAGUGGCCAGUGUGGACCAAUGAAACUCAUGAGCCUGGAAGAAGCUCAGGCCCGCUCCUUAAGUCCAAACCAUCCUGUGCACAGAGAACGUCAGCGAGAGAACAGUCUUCCUGAUACCAGCACUGCCACACUCUACCACACAGUCAUAGACAUUUCAGACAGCAAGAGAAAGUUUUCUGGGAAAUCAAAGAAGUGGAAGUCUAUCUUCAACCUGGGAAGGUCUGUGGAUUCCAAGGGAAAACUGAGCCGAAACGGUAGUGUGUUCAUUAGAGCACAGGGGAUAACAGAAAAGGCAGCUCUACGUCCAUCGAGGAGCAUGGAGUCUUUGUGCUCCUUACCAACAGAUGAUGACAGAACAGGAAACAACAGUCCAGCUGGUGGACCUGGCAACAUUUUCGUUCCAGAUGUAAAAUCCAGAACGCUGGGAUCUGACUCACUCUAUGACCUGAGUGAACAUGACCAAAACUGGGAAUUUAAAGGGAAGAAAGCUGGUGGGGCAACAGGUGGCUGGAGCUCUGGCAUGAGCCAAAAGGGGUCACCAGGUGCUUCUGCGCCCCCUCAAAAAACACUGCCAGAGCAACUGAAGGUGUUCAAAGGUGAUGACCUCAGCGGCUAUAAGCCCACAUCUCCGAAAAGCAGGAGGAUGUUGUACUCGGGCUCCUCCCACAACAGCUCGUCUCGGCCCUCCUUCCCAGGAAGCUUCUUCCCACUGGAGUCCUCGCCAAGGCAUCAGCGUCGAGCCGUCAACAUAUCUGAGCCUUUUGCUGUGUCUGUACCCCUCCGUGUGUCUGCUGUUAUCAGCUCUAACAGCACGCCAUGCAGGGGGCAUACCAAGGACAAAGCAGCUUCUCUGAAACCCUGCAAGGACACCUCAGAGCAGAGCAGCAACAGUGGAAAGAGUAACACUUUCCCCCAGCUGGAACCGAAGAAGCAGGAAGGAACAGAGAAGAAAAAUACAGAGGAGCCGACAUCUAGAGUACUGCCAGAGGAUACAAGCAAAGAAGCGGUGCGAGAAGGUCAAGGAGGGAUGAGCACUUCUGAACUGGAACCGCCGUCCCUUGCAAAUGCAAGAGAAGGCAGAGAUGCAGUGCCAUCUCCUGGGAAAGAACUGCACAAGCAGCCCUUAGCUAUACAACUGGGCAAGGGAUGUUCUACUGGGAAAGAGCUGUGGUCUGACCUCCACCAAGAACUGAAGAUAACCGAACCUGAAAUUGACCUGCUGGAUGAGACUUUUAAACCUGUUUUCGGCUUCAGGAGCACUUGCGAGGGCGCAAAGUUAACAAUGGAUGUCAAGUCAAAGCGAAGCCGUAGCUCUCCAUCUCUAUCUCUGUUAUGUAGGGAGCAGUCUUCAAAUACCUCUCUGAGUGAUCGUGUAUUUGCCACUGGAUCAGACUCUGCAAAGAAACAGCCGUCUGAGUCAGACAUCUUAUUUUCUCUUCACAAAAACUUUGAUGUAAUUGUUGGUGGAAGCACAGAAAAUGCCUGCAGUGCUGACGUGGUGGAUGAGAAAGAGAAGAAACUGCAUCCAAAAGUCACACCCUUAAGACAAGACGUACCAGCUUAUACCAAGCCGUGCCACCUUGCUUUAAAGGAAACAUGUUUAGAUAAAGUUACAAAACCUCUGACAAAAGAGGAUGCUGCAACAGUCAGAGGCUUUUCAGGAGCAGAUGAUACAGACAAAUCACAGAAACAUGAAAUUCAUCAAGAAGACAAAAACAUCUCCAGUGAUGGGGCAAAGAAGAGUGUGAUUCCUGAGCUGGAACUUAUACAGCGGCUUUCAGUCUGUUUGGAAGAGAGACGUAACACUUUGGAGCAACCAAACCUUGACGACGAUGAAGGAUGUGGAGGAAACUCAGAGGACCUGGACUUGGUGGAGCCCUGGGAGGAUCUAAGCUCCACCAAGCAGUGGGUUACCAGUCCUCUCCACUCACCUGACGUGGAGGAGUUUUUGAGCCAGCUGUCACCACUUGCCUCUUGUGGGGAAACUUUGAGCUCAGAGGAGGGAAAGAUUUCAUCCCCUUCAGUUGAUAAUAACAAACAGUCUGCUGUUAAGAGCGCCGAACGCUUCUCAGGAAACAUUCCUCAAACGUCCAGUAGCAAAACAGAAACAAAGUGGAUGUAUUUGCCUUCAGUACCUUCACGGAGCAGUGUGAACAGCAAUAACGCGACACAACCUCACACAGGAAAAUGCAGUACAACAAAACAGAAGAAUACAGUGUCAUCUCAUAGGUUUUACAGACAGAUGUCUUACGAGGCAGCUGCUCCAGAAAGGAGAGAGGAGAACUGCUUUUCUAAACACAGACCAUACUCGCUUAAUUUAGACCUGGGGUAUAGAUGCAUCAGAGACAUUUCUAAUCAGCAAAACCGUAAUUCGUCAGAGUUUUCAUCUUGUCAGAGAGGAUUACUAACCUCAUCUGGGACUGUGAACAAUGGGCUGCCCUCUGAGUUGGAGUUGUUUCUGAACGAUCGCCAGGCACCUCUUCGCCGAAAUUCAGCCCCAGUCAGUGUGUCAUCAGUGCGAACGGCCUUCAUGAUAAAAACAUGCCAGGCCAAAGCUGUGCCUGUCAUCCCUCCAAAGGUGCAGUACAGUCAGAUACCUCACUCCAGACUCGAGAAUGAUUUUGACGCGUUGCAGGAACAAGAAAAGGAAUAUCCUAAAAUGAGUGCAGAGAAAAGCAACGCUACACCUCCGCAGAUGAUGUCUGAUCUAAAGGAGGAACUGGAGAACAAAGAGCCUGUCUCUAAACACCCAAAACACCCAAAUGCUGAGAAAACUGUUGAGUCUGUGAAGACCACAUCUACUCCAGAACUGCCGGUCAUAAGAAGGAGACAUGCUCCCAGUUUGGAAGUGUUUGUAGAUUGUCCGAGACCUAACAGAACGAACCUUUUACAAAGACCUUCCUUCAGGAACAGGCAGAGACCUCAGAGUCUUAUCCUGCUCAGCCCCCCUUUUCCCAUCAUGGACUAUCCAUCCUCAGGGGACGAUGGCAAGCUCCUUUCAUCCAUCAAGAACCUGAAUGACACGUCAGUGGUGAACGUCUUUUCUAAAGAGAUGGCAGAGAAUUUCAGGACGGCAGAGGGGAUCACUCUUCAGAACAAAAUGACUAUUCCAAAAAGUGGACAGAGACUGGAAACGUCGACCAGCUGCUUCUACCAGCCACAGAGGAGGUCGAUGAUAUUUGACAGCAGGAGCCACAGGCAGAUUGAGUGACUGAAGGGGAAGUCGCCAAUUGUGUGACUGGAUAUCUGUAAAUAGAUACAAUAUAUAAGGAAACUUAGUGUUGAAACUGAAAGGAAGGUGAUGAGGGAUGAAAUUGUAGUUAAAAUAAUGAUUCCUUUUUCCAAAAGUCAUUAAGUAUUUGAGGAAGGUUUAGGGAAGCAGUGGUGGAGCCAUUUAAGCAGCUAAUGAUUUUUGUCAUUAUCCAUUAAUCUGCUGAUUUUCUUGAUUAGUAGAUUAAUUGUUUGGUCUAUAAAAUACCAGGAAAUUGUAAAAAAAAAUUCUUAUCACUGUUUCUCAGAGCUCAAGUUGACAUUGUAAUAUGUUUGGUUUUGUCUAAAACUAAAACAUAUUUAGUUUAUUAUCAUAAAAGACUAUUAAAAAACAGUAGAUAAUCACAUUUGAGAAAUUGAAACUAGUGACAAUUGUAUUUUUGCUCAAAAUUCAUUCAACAUUGAUUAUCAAAAUUGUUACCAGUUAAUCAUUUGACUAAUCGUUUCAGCACUACUGACAUGAGGGACAUGUUUUUAAAAGUGCCUUGGAGUGACAGACAUUUAGUUUAAUGCUCAAGUCAAGUUACAGUAUUACUGAAAUAUAGAAAUCAAAAUCUAGCCUGUCACCCACAGUGUGGGGUACUGCACAGAUUAAGUGCAUAACUGCCAGAUCUUCUCAAAAGAUGUAAGUUUAGAUUUAAUUAACAAAUUAACUGCUGCCAUUUGCAGCAGAAGAGACACUUCCAAAUUUUACAUAUUCAGGAAGAUGGAGUAUGAAACCCCAUUUUUAACCUUGGAAAUAGCAGCCUGACAUUUUUAAAGAAAGAAAUUAAACAUUUCAACCUGCUUACUUGCUUUUUCUAGAGGUUUCAGUCAGUGGUGGAAGAAGUACUUACAUAUUAAUACAACAGUGUAAAAAAUCUCCAAUACAUGCAAAAGUACUGAAAUAUUAUCAAUAUGUACUGUUAUGCAGUAAAAUGUUGUUAAUGCUGAUGCAGCAGUGUAAGCAGCAUUUUAUUUUUUUGAUUUAAAUUUUCUCAUCUCAAUAACCUUAUCUUUCAAAUAAAUGUAGUUAAAAGAACAUUAUUUCCCCCCUGAAAUGUAGUGGAGUAUAGAGUAAGUAAGUUAGUAUAGUAAGUAUAAAGUAACAUAAAAUGGAAUUACUUAAGAAAAAUGUGAGUACCUCAAACUUUACUUGAGAUAUCUCACAGUUCUUGAGUAAAUCUACUUUGCUACUUUCCACCACUGGUUUCAUCUGUAUCUCACAUUUUUUCUCAGUGGACGGAGGUUACUCAGUUGUCAUGGAGACAGAUCAUUGAGCAAGAUCCAUUCACUGGUGAAGACUGUGAGAUGCAGUUGACAUCCCCAGAAAAGGUAGAAAUGUAAGCUUAAAGGCAAAAUUUGUGUAGGUUUUUACUAUCUCUACAUAGUUAGCAUUAGCGUUAACCAUUGUUUACUGACCAAGAGCCUCAGUCAUUGUUGCAGCACAACUUCUUCAUCCUCUCAUGUUGGACUGUGUGUAGACUUGAUGCCACAAUGACUCACAAUUGCAAAGUGUUAUCACAAAAUGGGAUGGGACAGGGCUAGCUGGUUAAGCAUGCUAACUUCAGUAGAAGAAAAGAAGUGAUAGAAAUAGAACCAUAACAUGCCAUGUCUUUCCACCACUGGAAACAGCUCAUGGCUUGGUGGUUUUAUGCUGAACUUGCAACAUUUCUUCUGUACUGGUAAACAGCUGUUCAUGCUAAUGUUGGCUAUAUAGCGAUAGCAAAAAGGUACAUAUGCCACCUUUAAAAGCUUAAAUUUAGAGUUUAAACUCAACAUAAUUUUCUGUGAAAUUCAUAAAAAUUAGUUGUUUUUGUUACUCCAUUUUUGUAUCAUUUUAUGUAGCUCCUAUCAAUGGGCAGAAUUUAUGCUGUAUUUAAUUACAACCUCUUCACAUAAAUAUUAAUGUCUGAACUGAAUUUAUCGCUGAACAUGAAGGACACAGUACAGGAUGUGUACAUUCAGCUGAAAAAUGAAAUGGCAAACAGAAGAACUGACAAUUAAACUGUUAAACAGUUUAAUUAAUAUUAAGCAUUUGAUAAUGUAGGUGAAGAUGUGUUUAUUUAUCCCAGUUACUAAAGUGAACUUGAUACCUAUGACGCAUUAUACUGUAUGUAGCUACUGGCUUUGUGAUAAGCUGAUGUCAAUGUAUUUUUUCUAAACUAAUAUUUAAAAGGAAAUUCCUUUUUCUGAGUAAUAGUAAUUCAGUAAUAGUAUUAACCCACAGAAGGACUUUAAUGUGUAUCUUUUUUUCUGUAAUUGCUUUAAUUUUUUAUUUCAUGGCAGUUGUUUGGUUUUUCACAAGAAUGAUAAACCAGCAUUGUGUAAGAGUUGCAGUCUAUGGUGUCGUGAAAGGUAAAAUCCUGGAGCUGCUUGUCUGACCAUUAACUGGAGGCUGACUUUGAACGCACUGACUGUAUCCAAUGUGUUUGGACCUUGAUGGUGCUUUGAGUCAAAGUCAGAGGAUAGUAUCUCCAGGUUUUGUGUCUUUUGUCUGCAUCUGAUAUAAUUACCUUUUGUGCUAUUUUUGGGUGAGCACCCAUUCGCGUAACAUAGUUUGGAUGUUAAAGGAAGUUACAGUAUUUUUAAAAAUGAUUUGGAUGUUUUUGAAGUUGCAGUGUGUUUUAUACUGUAGUUUGGAUGGGCUGGAUGAAUGAUUACACUGUUAAUCAAAAAAAAAGUUUGGAUGUCAAUGGAGAUGUUUUUUCUGAUUGUUUUGUAACUUUUGUAAACUUGUUGAUAGUGAAAAUGAUUGAACAGUGUGUAUUCCUAGGAAAAACACAUCAACUGAUUUUGAGUUUUGCCUUAAUUAUGUGGUGAUGGCACCGAAAAAUGUACAUAAGACACUUGAGUUUAGUUACAACAAAGCGUUAUGAGAAUAAAAAUGUAUGAAAGUCA